UGGAACAAAGCAAAGUAGGAAUCUGAGAUCAUGGCAUAUUGCUAUGGACAGUAGGAGCUGAUCACAAAACAUAGUGAGUUGACUUGUUAUGUGAAUGGGAGCUAGAAAACCGUGAGAACUUCGAACCAAGCAUAGCUUCUUCCUCGACGUGGACAUGGCGCAACAUAAAAUGGACCUAGAUUUGGAGCUGCCGCCGAGUUCACCCACCAUGAACGUCAAGCUGAUAAGAUCGAACAGCACCCCUUUGAUCAGUGAGCUUGGUGAUAAUUCACAGGUAUUCCAAGAUGACACGUUAACAACUAGAAGAGAUAGCUCAACACUUAUGACACAGCAAAGUCUGGUCAAUAUGAAGCCGCUGAAGAAUUGUAAGUCUGUGAUUGACGUGACCAGAUAUGCAUCUCUGAAAGAUUGCCCUGGCUACAGAGCGUUUCUUCCACCUUCCAUUCCCAUUCAUACUUCCUUUGGUCGCCUUCACCAAAUCAAACAGGAAGAAAGCAUGGAUUUAGUAAACAGAGAAGCAAUGUGUGAAUGGGAGGUACAAAGUGCAAUGCAGAUAAGUCAGUCUUGGGAAGAAAGUUUGAAACUGAGUGACAGUGAUUUAGAGAAACCAUCUUCAAAGUGCAUUGAUUUAAUUCCAGUUCCCCCAGCACCUCCUGCCACCAGGGGGAUUGGGAAGCAAUAUUUUUCUCCAUCGUUGCAAGCUUGUGUGAGUUACACCACUUUUCCUCCAAGCCCUAUUCGCAGUCCUACACGACAGUUUCCAAUAAGAAGAAAUCAAAGCCCCACCAACAUUAUUAGACCAAGUAUAUUUGGAGCAUUAAAAAGAAAAGGUGAAAUGCUAGCUGAAGAUCAGCCUAAGAGAGUUUUCCAAGGCACAACUGACGUGCUUUCUUCCAAUACUGACGUGAAUGUUUGCUGCACACCUGUUACAAGCCAGCCACUCUGUCAGGAGCUGUGCAGAGAUACGGAGGGCUCUGCCCUGAAAAGACUCAGGAAGAGACUGACAGAGACCGUAAUGUCCGCAGGACUCCUGCCCCUACCUAGCCCAGCGUCUCUACUCCACCAGAUUGUCCGUUAGAAUACAAGAAAAACAGACCAUUCUGAAGAGCAUCUGAUGAAAUCAUUCUAAUUUUGGGUUUGUAUUUGCCACGAAUUUCUUUCUUUCGCUA